UUAAAGUCAGGUUCGGACCAUAUAAAAAGCACUAAUCAGGCAUCCAUUUGAGGUCUCGUGGACAGUUUUUGAGAUUUGUCUGUGCACUCCAGAUUCUUCUUCAGCAAAGUGCUCCCAAACCCCAGACACAAAAGAUCAGAGGAAAUCCAGACUUUGGCAGUUAGAGAAAUUGAAAUGACUUCUCCAAGUAAACGAAGGGAGAUGGAUGUAAUGAAGUUGAUGAUGAGCGAUUACAGUGUGGAAACCGUAAAUGAUGGGCUCAGUGAAUUCAAUGUGCUAUUUCAUGGUCCAAAAGAAAGCAUAUAUGAAGGUGGGGUGUGGAAAGUCCAUGUUGAGCUUCCUGAUGCUUAUCCAUACAAGUCUCCUUCAAUAGGAUUUGUUAACAAGAUUUUCCACCCAAAUGUUGAUGAAUUGUCCGGUUCUGUCUGCUUAGAUGUUAUUAAUCAAUCAUGGAGCCCUAUGUUUGAUCUUUUAAACAUUUUUGAAGUGUUUCUUCCACAGCUUUUACUUUAUCCUAAUCCUUCUGAUCCAUUAAAUGGUGAUGCUGCAUCAUUAAUGAUGAAGGACAAAACUCAAUAUGAACAGAAAGUUAAAGAGUACUGUGAACGCUAUGCGAAGGCGGAGAACUUUGUGAAGUCCAAAGAGGAUGAAGAGAGUGAAGAAGAGGACAUCAGUGAUGGACACUGCACAUCAUCCGAUGAUGAAAUUCCAGGACUAGAAGACCCUUGAAUGUCCUUGGGAUUUCAAGCCAUUUUAUGCCCAUCAUUCAACCACUUUUUGCGACCGUAUUUGGCAAUCUUUAGGUUACCUUGUAAAUCAUGAAUGAUGUGGCUUUCAACUUCAGAUAUGUUCACAAAAUCUGUAGAAUUUGUUUAUUGCAGAUGCAGCUAGUAGAAAAGUUUUAAUUACUGAAAAAUCAGAGUCUCUCUUUUGUCUUUUUUUUAGUCCUUUUAAUUUGAUGAAUCUGAUGACAAGUUUUAUA